AUGUUUUUAAAAAUUAAAAAAGAAAUUAAUUAUUUAGAAAUUCCUGAAUGGAUAAUUGAAGAAAUAUUUGAAGAAAACAAAAAGUCUGAAGAAAUUGAUGAAGAAAUAAUUGAAAAAUUUGAUAACUGGAUUGAUAAACUUGUUUUUGAAGAAUUGAAAGGACAAUUAGAAAAUCGUGAUGCUUGGAUCGGGACUAAUAAAAAGAAGGGAUUUGGCAUGAAAUUAAAAGGUACCUUGAAUGUAUUAAUUAAGGAACGGUUAUGAAAAAAACUAAAAUAAUCGAGAUUGAUCUUUUGUGAAAAAAGAGGAUGAAACACAGUUUGUGUUCUGAAGUAACAUAAUUAAUUUUGGCAGAACGAAUCAAGUCAACAAUUGUAGUUUUAGUGAUACUUUAGCCAAAGACUAAUUUCCCGAUAAUAAAUAAAAAUUUCCCUAUAAUUUCCCUAUAAACCAUACUUUCGAUAAUAUUCCAAUCUCUUUUUUCUAAUUUUUAGAGUUGUACGUUAACAACGAUAAAGAUACAAUUAAGCAAUUAACAUUUAUAUUGCGAUCAUCAAGCAAGACAAAGGAGAUUUUGGAUAUUUUGGAUAAAGGUUUUGAUGGUUUCCAAAAAGAAAAACUAAAUGUUGAUAAAGAUUUGACCAAACUUUCAAAAGCAGAACAAGAAAUUUUAGCUGAAAAAUCGGUUGAAUUUCGAUAAAUACUUAUAUUAAGAGAAAUUCUUAAAAA